GAGCCUUUUAUUAAGUUAUUGCCAGGGGCACACACACACACACACACACACAAACCAAACCCGCAGAUCAUUUGUUAUUGAAUUCACAGCUCCAGAUUUUACGUUGAGAAAUGAGAGCGGUAAAGUGCUUUGACCUUUAACCUUUGGCCGGGCCAGGAGGAGGGAAACGCCUCCGUCUCUAUAUAAGGACUCUUCCGGCUUCUCGCGGCCCUUUUUGUCCCAUCUCCUAGCGUUCUGCCCUUUCGCCUGCGCCCCACUUUUCCUCCGCUGCCGCCCGCCUCCUGGUACAGCCGGCGCCAUGGGUUUCGGAGACUUGAAGAGCCUUGCCAGCCUCCAGGUGCUCAAUGACUACCUGGCCGACAAGAGCUACAUCGAGGGGUAUGUGCCAUCACAAGCAGAUGUGGCAGUGUUUGAAGCGAUCUCCGGCCCUCCACCCGCUGACUUGUAUCAUGCCCUACGUUGGUAUAAUCACAUCAAGUCGUAUGAAAAGGAAAAGGCCAGUUUGCCAGGCGUAAAGAAAGCUUUGGGCAAGUAUGGCCCUACUAAUGUGGAAGACACCACAGGAAGUGGCGCUGCAGACAGUAAGGAUGAUGAUGACAUUGAUCUCUUUGGAUCUGAUGAUGAGGAGGAAAAUGAAGAAGCCAAGAGGCUCAGAGAAGAACGCCUUGCACAGUAUGAGUCAAAGAAAGCCAAGAAACCUGCACUUGUUGCCAAGUCUUCCAUCUUACUAGAUGUGAAACCGUGGGAUGAUGAGACCGAUAUGGCAAAAUUGGAAGAGUGUGUCAGAAGCAUUCAAGCAGACGGCUUGGUCUGGGGCUCAUCCAAGCUUGUUCCAGUGGGGUAUGGAAUUAAAAAACUUCAAAUACAGUGUGUAGUUGAAGAUGACAAAGUUGGUACAGAUAUGCUGGAAGAACAGAUAACUGCUUUUGAAGACUACGUGCAAUCCAUGGAUGUGGCUGCUUUCAACAAGAUCUAAAGUUCCUCCUGGAUGGUUGCACUUAAAUAAAUGACUAAAAGACAA